CUCACCACAAAACAAACCAAUACCAUCCUCACACAUCUCUCUCUCUCUCUCUCUCUCUCUCUCUCUCUUCUGCACCUAUCACCAUAUCACCUAUUAUAUUCACUUCUCUCUCUAUAAAGUUACUUAUCUCAUUUUCUAUCCCUCUCGCCUCCAUGGUUACUCUCUUCCAAACCUCACCAUGCCGUCUAUUCCACAUUCCUUCUCUCUCCCAAGGUGGUUCGGAAUAUUCCGGCGACGAGUCUCACCUUCCGAUGACGACGACAAUGACGACAGCCCUAUCCCCAAUUCAGUCGAAUGCUACGCCUGCACUCAGUUCGGCGUCCCGGCUUUCCACUCCACCAGCUGCGACCGGGCUCACCAACCCGAGUGGGAGGCCUCGGCCGGUUCUUCCCUCAUUCCGAUCCAAAACCGGACCAAAAAGAAAACCGGUAGGACCCGGUCCAUCGCCAACCGGAACCCGGUGGGGCCGUUCGGGCGGGUUUUGGACCCAAGGAGCAAGCGGGUGCAGAGGUUGAACCGGGCUUUUUUGCUGGCACGUGGCAUGGCCUUGGCCGUUGAUCCUCUGUUUUUUUACUCGCUGUCAAUAGGGCGUGGUGGUGCGCCGUGCUUGUACAUGGACGGUUGGCUGGCGGCAAUCGUGACGGUUCUUCGCACGUGCGUGGAUGCAGUGCACUUGUGCCACUUGUGGCUUCAGUUUCGGUUGGCGUACGUGUCGAGGGAAUCAUUGGUGGUUGGGUGUGGUAAACUCGUGUGGGACGCACGUGCGAUCGCUUCUCACUACGUGCGGUCGCGCAAGGGGUUCUGGUUCGAUGUCUUCGUCAUACUCCCGGUUCCUCAGGCUGUAUUUUGGUUAGUUGUACCGAAAUUGAUCAGAGAAGAGCAGAUAAAGCUGAUAAUGACAAUACUUCUUCUAAUCUUCUUGUUCCAAUUCCUCCCCAAGGUGUAUCACAGCAUUUGCUUAAUGAGAAGAAUGCAGAAAGUCACUGGUUACAUUUUUGGCACAAUUUGGUGGGGUUUCGGGCUUAAUCUCAUCGCCUAUUUCAUCGCCUCUCAUGUUGCCGGAGGAUGUUGGUAUGUCCUUGCAAUACAACGUGUGGCAUCGUGCCUAAGGCAGCAGUGUGACAGAAAAAGCACGUGUAAUCUGUCAUUGUCCUGCUCGGAGGAGGUUUGUUACCAGUUUCUGUUACUGGCAGAUACAGUAGGAAAUCCGUGUGGUGGUAACGCAACAACCUUAGUCAGAAAACCAUUGUGCUUAGAUGUCAAUGGACCUUAUCCUUAUGGGAUAUACAAAUGGGCUCUUCCAGUCAUUUCCAGCAACUCUGUCACCGUCAAGAUUCUAUAUCCCAUUUUUUGGGGCUUAAUGACUCUCAGCACUUUUGGGAAUGAUCUUGAGCCCACAAGUCAGUGGCUGGAAAUUAUCUUCAGUAUAUGUACUGUGCUCAGUGGAUUAAUGCUAUUCACUCUCUUGAUUGGGAAUAUUCAGGUGUUCUUGCAUGCGGUGAUGGCAAAGAAGAGAAAAAUGCAACUGAGAUGCAGAGACAUGGAAUGGUGGAUGAGGAGGAGACAGUUGCCUUCUCAACUGAGACAGAGAGUGAGACAUUUUGAAAGGCAAAGAUGGGCUACCAUGGGCGGCGAAGACGAGAUUGAAUUGAUUAAAGACUUGCCUGAAGGCCUUCGCCGUGACAUUAAGCGCUACCUUUGCCUUGAUCUCAUCAAAAAGGUACCUCUCUUUCACAAUUUGGACGAUCUUAUUUUGGACAACAUUUGCGACCGUGCAAAGCCCCUUGUAUUCUCUAAGGAUGAGAAGAUUAUUAGAGAAGGAGACCCUGUCCAACGAAUUGUGUUCAUUGUCAAUGGACUUGUAGAAAGUAGCCAAAACCUCAGCAAAGGCAUUGUAGCCACAAGCAUGCUCGAGCCAGGAGGUUUUCUGGGUGAUGAGUUGCUCUCCUGCUGCCUUCGGCGCCCAUACAUAGACCGACUUCCAACCUCCUCUGCUACAUUUACUUGUAUCGAAUCAACAGAAGCGUUUGCACUUGAUGCAAACCAUCUCCGGUACAUCACUGAUCACUUCCGGUACAAAUUUGCUAACGAGAGGCUCAAGCGAACAGCAAGAUAUUACUCAUCCAAUUGGAGAACUUGGGCGGCAGUGAAUAUACAGUUAGCUUGGCGGCGUUACAUGGUGAGGACUAGAGGUCCGCUGAAUAAUGUGGUGGUGGAAAAUGGUGGUAGCGAGCGUCGACUUCGGCAAUAUGCUGCAAUGUUCAUGUCACUCAGGCCACAUGACCACCUUGAAUAAGCAGCUAGAAAUUGGCAAUUCCUUUGUCAUUUUAUAAAAUGUGCCUCGAAUGUAAAAUAAUGUUCAUUUAUUUUUGGGCAUAAAAAUGGAGGUGAUGUUCCCAUCCAUUAGCCACUCUGGGAGAUUUUAUCAAUGAUGACAUUCAAAAACUA